AUGUCUUCUUCUAAAUCUAUUAUUACGGUUUUAAUCUUUAUCAAUGCCAGCAGCAGUCGUUGAAAGUUAACAAAACUUGUACCAAAAAUUCAGAACAAUAGUAUUAGUGAAAACAAUAUAAACAACAGCAGCACUAGCAGAAACCAACAAUCAUAUUGUGAUAAGAGUACAACAGCGAAAGGACUCCUAGUAUAAUCCACUGAACAAGGGCCAAACCAAAAAAAAUAUAUAUACAUAAGAAAGAAAACAGCAGCAGGAACAAUAAAAUAGAGUUGGUCCUAAACAUUUCUAGCCCCACAUAUUUAUAAAAAUAUUUCAAACAAUCGUGGAUUUUAAGUAGAAAUAAUCUCUCCGUCUACAAGAAAACAACAACAGAAAAACGCAAUUUUAUAAGGAAAAAAAUUACUAGAUUUACAUACUUUUUCAGUAUCCACAACUCAUCUAGUAAAUGUUUAACACAAAUUUUCUAUUUGAAUCUAUAUAUGUGAGAGUUUGUGUGUGUAGAUAUUUUGACUUGUUGUUGUUAAUGCGUUUUUAUGAAGGCAUUCAAGGAUAAAAAGCUUUUAUUGAAAUAAUCCGGCUCAAGUAAAAAUAGAAUCCUUAACCGAACAAUAACAUACAAUCAAAUACCGAAACACCAUAAAAAUAAUAGAGGAGAGUUAGCAGAGUCAAGAGCAGCAUAAGAAAACGACAACGAAUAUUAAAUUGAAAUAUUUUACUACUGGAAUCUGACAUACAUACAUAAGAUACUUAAACACCAAUAAACGCCUUCCUGGGAUUUUUUGCUUCUUUCCAUCUGUCAUUGUGUUUUUCUACUUAACUGCUACUACUUCCUCCUACUUUGUGCUGCUGGAAAAAAACACAUAUUGAAAUUAUCAUCGUGACACCGUAUCAGCCCGCCUAACAGCAUCAACAUGAAGUUGUCAAAGUUAUCUAACCAAACCAAUUCGCAAGAUCCGCAAGCUGUUAAUUCGCGUAUAUUUGUGGGAAAUUUAAAUACAUUUCAAUGUUCUAAAACCGAUGUAGAGCGUAUGUUUCAAAUUUAUGGCCGUCUCGCAGGAAUUUCCAUGCACAAAGGUUAUGCAUUCGUACAGUUUACAAAUCCUUUUGAUGCUCGUAAUGCCUGUUUGGGUGAAGAUGGCAAAAUGGUUUUAAGUCAGACAUUGGAUGUCAACAUGGUGGCAGAACCAAAACCCCAUCAAGUGGGCCGCAAAAGACAGAAUGUUAAUAAAACCGGAAAUGAUUGGGACUAUUUCUAUGACAGCUACUGUUCAUCCACCCUGAAUCGCAGCAAUUCGUUACGUCCUAAAAAACGAAAACGUUUGAUGAGCAAUUCCAGCCGCAUGGUUUCACUUAAUGAUGCAGUCAAUAGUAAUAAUAUUAAUGCUGCGGUAGCAGCAGCUGCUGUGGCUCAACAACAACAGCAUUUAGCUCAACAACAGCAACAUCAUCAACAACAUCAGCAGCAGCAAGUUGCUGCUGUUGCAAUGGCUGCCAUGGCGAAUUUACUGCCUCAACAACAGCUAUUGUUGCAUCAACAAAAUCUUAUAUCAAAUUCAAAUGGUGCUACUGCUAUAGCAGCUGCAGCCUCUUGUAAUGGUUCCACUACCACCCCUCAUCAUGCCAGCCUUAAUGUUUUCCUGCAACAGCAGCAACAACAUCAUCAUAUGAAACAGCAGCAACAAGCUGCUGCUGCAGCUGUUGCCGCAGCCCAAUAUGCGGCCGUUACAAAUGGUGGUCUACAGUUAAAAAUGAAUUCACCCAUGAGUCAACAACAAUCGAUUGCCUCAUCGGCCGCAUCAAUGCUCACGCAUAACAGCGAACAACAAUUGUCUACCACAACAUCGCCCACAACACAUCAAACACAAAUGUUACAUACAUCACAGCAACAUCAUCUCCAUCAACAACAACAGCAGCAACAACAACAAACUUCAGGACAUUUGAUGCAACCGUUAUCGUUAACCUUGUCACCACAGCAAAAUCAUCACAACCACCUUCAGCAACAACAACAACAACAUCAUCAUCAACAACAGCAGCAACAACAACAACUUAAACAACAGUCAUCCCAAUGUCAACAGCAACAACAACAGCAUCAGCAAAUUCUGACUCAGCAAACAGAACAAGUAUCAAUGAAUCAACAAUGGGGUCCAUUUAAAGUUUAUAGCAAUCCUGACACAUUAAUUUGCGGCAAUUGUCGAGAAUGUUUCAACGAGUUGGCUGAAUUAUUAGACCACAAGAGAAGUUAUUGCAAACUUAGGUUCACAUGCAAAUGCCAAGAUAUAACAUUGCCAACAAAAAAUCCACCCAAUGGUGCUAAAUUACUGUGUGCCGUUUGUAAGGAUGCCUUUAACAAUCCCUGGGAUCUAAUGGUACAUGCUCAGGCUGCUCAUAUGGUCAAUAUUUAUGAAUUGGGCAAUGAACCUAAUAACAACAACAACAGUAAAAAUAUCAACAACAACGUAACCAGUAAUGGUAGCAUCAUUAGUGAAAACCAUUUAACUGCUGAAGAGCUGGACAACAACAACAUUUCAAUAUCAAACAACAAUAAUAACAAGGAGCCUAAUAACAACAAUCUACAUUGCAGCAAUGAUAACAAUGAUACCAACAAUAAUAACAACAAAAACCACAACAAUGUCCUGCCAUUGUCACAGACAGCAACUGCAACAACUUGUUUUUCAAUACCCGAUGUUAAAAUGCAAGCACCCAUACAAUCAUCAUCAUCAAUGGUCAAUAUAAAUAGUACGGAUGUUGCUCUAAUAAAUGCAACUAACGGCAACAAUUGUAGCAUCAGCAAUAACAACAACAUUUUAUCAUCGUCAUCUUCAUCAUUGUUGGGAGAUGGCAGCAGUAGUACCAGUGAUACCGAAGCCCAUUUGAGUAUGGAGCUUAAAUUUGGCAUUUGUAACAGUCCAAUUGGCUCAAUCACUAAUAAAGAGGAUAGUCAUCGUGAUGAUGUCUCUUUAGACGGCCGGAUGUCAGAUGAUAUUAAAAUGAUACAUACUAAUGGAUCCAUGUCAUCACGUGGCAGUUCACCAGCCAUGGACAACGAUGAAAUGUCAACAACACAAAGAAAUUGUAUUGUGCGAACUUUAAGCAUCGAGGCAACCACUGUUAAUACUCCCACAACAACGGCCACAUUGGGUUUAAUACCCAACAGUUUGGGUUUAAGCUUGAAUAACGCCACAGCAGCAAAUGCUGCAGCUGCUUUAGCACCACAAUAAACGGACAGACAGUCAUGCUAUAUUCAAUAUUGCUGAUUUUUUGUCUGUCCUUCCUCGUAUGUGUCUGUCGUUCGCUGUCUGUUUGCAUAUGGAUGGUUAUAGAUAUGUUUUUUUUUGUUUUGUAACUGCUGCAAACAGAUCCGAAUGCAGAAUAUACCAAAAACCACAAAAAAUAUAUAACAAUAACAACAAAUACUCAUACAAUACUGUAUAAACCAACAAUGGUAGACAACAAACAAUUUGUUCGCACUUUUUUUAAACAAUUUUCUCGGCUAAAAAGGAAAACAACAACAAAAAUUAUUAUUUUGGCGGACAAAUGCUGAUUAUGCUACAAACCUACUAUGACUACUACUACUACUACAACCAGCACUUUAUAGCAGGCAUUUAUGCAGCUAGCAGUAAGCUAACCAGACAGUCACACACUCACAUGCCUGAAAAUUCCAGGAUAUACAUUUGUAUAGAUGUAUAUUACCAGCGAAAUGAACGUCAAGAUUAUAAAUUAUUUAAGCCUUCAGUUGCAGUUUUUGAACUUAAAACUAUACAAUGGUAAAUAUAAUAAUGAAUAUUGUAUACACAUACAUACAAACAUAUAUGUAUACGUAUGUAUUGGCAUUUAGUUUUUUAUGCUGCACUUUGUAUCCCAAAAACAAUUUCAAAGCGAAAAAAUACUUUAUUAUUUUGGUUUUUUCUACUUUUCAAAUUUUGAUUAUAGUAAAACUACACAGAUGAUAUAUUUCAAAUAGCACAAUUUGUAAUUUCUAUUUGUUUAGAUUUCUCUA